AUGGUCAGUCCCGCGAAGCGACGCAAAAAGAACGACUUCAAGGGCUCCGACCGCCCCGUCCGGAGCUUGGACUACUUCUUUGCCAAACAGAAGGACGCCUCCAAGAAUGCAACUCCACCCGAGCAAAAUAAAGAUUCUACGAAUGUCACCUCGAGUACCCUAGCGGACAGUCAACUGACUGACGAGGAGCUCGCACGAAAGCUCCAAGAAGAGUGGAACAACGAGGUGAACGUCGCAGGUACAACAGCGCAGAGCGAGCGACCUAGCGAAUCGCAGAUUGACCAAGAGAACAAUGGUCCGGAUCAAGUUCCAACCGAUCUCAGUCCUCCAAAGCCCAUACCAGAGGAAAAAUCUGUGCCCAAAAAUCCGUUCGCGACAUUGACGUUGCAGUCGACUGCCACCGCCGAGGAUACUAUCACCACCAAUAUACCGUUCGAUGAGAAUCCGUUGACUUUCGAUCCUUCAAAAUAUAUUUCCAAAUUGCAAGGGCACUGGGCAGCAGAUGGUGGACGCGCGACGUACGCGCUGCUGACUCGGUGUUUCAUUCUGGUUAACAGCACGACAAGUCGCAUUAAGAUCGUGGAUACAUUGGUCAAUUUGCUGCGAACAAUAAUAGAAGGAGACCCUCAAAGUUUGCUUCCAGCCGUAUGGCUAGCUACGAACUCCAUUUCCCCUCCUUAUAUCGACCUCGAGCUCGGCCUGGGUGGUUCUGCUAUUUCAAAGGCCCUCAAGAAGGUGUGCGGUCUUGACAAUGCUUCACUCAAGACGCUAUAUAACAAAUACGGCGAUGCGGGAGACGUAGCUUUCGAGGCCAAAAAGCGUCAGAGCUUUACACUGAGAAAGCCGAAGCCAUUGACCAUCGCCUUCGUAUUUGACUCGUUGGUUAAAAUUGCAAGAAGCAAAGGGACUGGCAGUGUGGAAGCCAAGCAGCGCCUAGUAGAGCGCCUCUUGCAAGACUCUCGAGGUGCUGAAGAGUCGAGGUAUAUUGUGCGGACACUGGUGCAACAUCUACGCAUCGGUGCCGUCAAGACUACCAUGCUCAUAGCUCUUUCGCGCGCAUUCCUUAUGUCGCGGCCAAUGGGUGCGGAGUUUCCCAUACACUCGCUAUCUUCUUUAGCUAAGCUGAAGAAAGAAGAAUUAACUGAGAUCUACUCCCGGAACGAGGAGACAGUAAAGGCAUGCUUCGCUCGUCGACCAAACUACAAUGACCUUGUACCCGCACUUCUGGAGAUUGGCGGACGGGAUUUCUCGUGCGAGUACAAAUACGAUGGACAACGCGCCCAAGUGCAUUGCGAUGAGAAGGGCAAAGUUACUAUAUUCUCGCGACAUCUGGAAGUAAUGACAGAUAAGUACCCAGACCUUGUUGCGUUGGUACCGCAGAUGCGCGGUGACGGCGUUAGCAGCUUCAUCAUGGAGGGCGAGGUCGUGGCCAUUGAUCGCGAGACUGGCGAGCUGAAAACAUUUCAGACGCUUGCCAAUCGAGCAAGAAAAGACGUGGUCAUCGGUAGCGUCAAGAUUGAUGUAUGUCUCUUUGCAUUCGACUUGAUGUAUUUGAACGGUGAAGAACUGCUAGGCAGGACGUUCAGAGAGCGCAGAGAACUUCUAAGAAGCCUCUUUACAGAAAUACCCCAUCAUUUUACAUGGGUAAAAAGUCUAGAUGCGACUUCUGCGGACCAGGAAACUGUGAGCGAGUUUUUCAAGGGCGCCACGGCAAACAAAUGCGAGGGGAUUAUGGUAAAGGUGCUGGACAACCUGCCAAAUCCAGAUUUACUGGACGAAACCGUGGACGAGAAGCCGCCGUCGUUACCCCCCACCCCCAAGAAAAAGAAAGGAAAAGGGACUAAGAACAAAUCAAAUGCCGAGUCCAAUGGUAACGAGGGAGAGAAGGAUAAAAGGACCAGCGGUCGCCGCAAAGCACUGCUAUCUACCUAUGAGCCUGACAAACGCGUCGAUAGCUGGCUUAAGGUGAAGAAAGACUACAACACUUCGGCCGAUACAAUCGAUCUGAUCCCAGUAGGAGGCUGGCACGGUCAAGGACGCAAAAACAAGUGGUGGUCGCCGAUUCUGCUCGCAGUGCGCAAUCCUGAAACCGGGAUGCUCGAAGCCGUCACGAAAUGCAUGUCUGGAUUCACGGACAAAUUUUACGCAGCCAACCGUGCCAAGUACGACCCGGACGCCGAGGUCGGAGACGAUAAUGAAGAUGAUGACAAUGACGCCGGGGUGGGUAACACACGCACGACCAAGCCCGCGUUUGUCGAAUACGCGGGUACUCCCGCCGUAUGGUUUGAACCGCAGGAGGUGUGGGAAUGCGCCUUCGCAGACAUCACACUCAGUCCCACGUACACGGCGGCCAUCGGGUUGGUGAGUGAGGAUCGCGGCCUGAGUCUGCGGUUCCCCAGGUUUUUGAGGGUCAGAGAGGACAAGGGGCUGGAAGAGGCAAGCACAAGCGAUUUUCUGGCCGAUCUGUGGAGGAAGCAGGAAGCUAGGGCGCCAGCGAGGGAGAAGGAGGCAACAGAGGCGGACGAGGUAGACAAGGACGCGGAAUGAUAGGAGGUAGAUGGUUGUUUGGUGGCUGGUUUCUCAGGGAUUGGUUCUCCACAUGCUCUUCCGGAGUGACAGGAGCAGCGUCGCGUCCUUUUGUACUCGCGAUGCGGAGCGGUUGCAGACGAG